GCUUCGUUGGCAUUGACAUUUCUAGCACCUCAACAAUUAUUUAACACAUCUUCCUCUCAUUCAUUUCAUAUACUAUAACUCUCCAACAUUCAUUCAUAAUAAUUAACACUUUACACUCUCUCACAUACAAAUCUUAAUUACCAUUAUAUAUUUACACAUCCAUGGAAGAAGAAAACAUGGAAACACAAAGUAACAACAAAAUCAUACCUACAUUUCUUAGCCAAAACACAAAUACUACUCAUGAUGUUCAAAAGUCCUUGCAUGUUUUUCGGCGAAGCCGAAAGCGGUGGACGAAACAUGGUGACCGUGUAAUUGUUGUUGACGAGAAAGAAAAAGAAAAGGAAGAAAAUGAAGAUGAAAUGAAUGGAGAGGAUGAUAGAGAAGAGAUAGAGAGAAAGAUUAAUGCAUUGCAGAGGAUUGUACCUAAUGGUGAGGCUUAUGGUGUGGACAAGCUUUUUGAUGAAACUGCUAGCUAUAUUGUUGCUUUACAAUAUCAAGUCAAAGCAUUGAAGGCUCUUACUGGCUUCUUUCAAAAGUUGGAGAAAGAGAAAACUAAACUUGGUGGUUAGUUAAUUCAUUCAUUCAUUCUUCAUCAUCAAUCCAUCAUAAUCAUAUGGAAUGGAAUGGAAUCCCUUAAUUAGGUUAGCUUCUUUUUGUUUUUUUAUUUUUUAUUAUUUUUAUUUUUCCCACAAACCCAUUAGUUUUAGAUUUUUUUUUUGUUGGUUUUUUUUUUUUUUUUUAAUUUUGUUGUUGUACUUUUGGUUGGGAAUCCCAACUUGGGAUCAAGGAAAGUUUAUCCCAUUUUAUUAGAUUUUUUAAUUUAUUUUUUCCAUGUUUUAGUUUUAAUAUGUUUUUUUUACUUUAUAUUUAUUUAUAUGUUGCUUGAUAAUUUAACUAUGUUUUUAAUCGGCAGAAA